CGCGGAGCCCUUGACCCCGUUUCUUCUUCGUCUUAUGUGCUGAGAGUUAUCAGUGUCUUUCCAGCAUCAUGGCGGCUCAUGUUCUGCAGCAGUGUGUCCGCUUAAUCGCACGGCCUACCCCGAGGCUUUGCGCGAGUAACCUGGCUCUCCGAGUGGCCUCCGCGUCGACAGUAGCCGUUCACGGACGCCUUUCCUACGUUGCAGACAGCCGGAGGACGCGGUGGCUCGGUCAGAGCCAGAUGUCUGUGGCGAGUGUCUUGUGUCGACAGUAUGCAGACCUGCCCCCUCUCACCCUAGAGUCCAUCAAAGACCGUGUCAUGUAUGUGCUCAAGCUCUACGACAAGAUCAACCCUGAAAAGCUGCAGACAUCCUCCCACUUUAUGAAAGACUUGGGUCUGGACAGCUUGGACCAGGUGGAGAUCAUCAUGGCCAUGGAGGACGAGUUUGGCUUUGAGAUCCCUGACGUAGAAGCAGAGAAGCUGAUGACUCCUGAUGAGAUUGUACAGUACAUCGCAGACAAGCAGGAUGUUUAUGAAUAAUCUGGUCUAUGGCUCACUGCAGAGAGAGGUUGACCCCAGUGUGGCUUCACAGGAACUACUUGAGGAGCCAACAGGCACCAAACCGUUUCCACCUCCUCCCUGUCAGCUUUUCUGUCCAUACCAGUGUAGGCACCAGAUCAGCUCGGGCUCCUCUGCUUACAGCUGACGUCACACAUUAUGGCUGGUGUGAUAUUUGGUGCAUGGCUGUCACACUGUGUAAACUUCGCACUAAUGUCUCACAUCGAUGUUACAUUGGUAACGGAUCGCUAGCUGUUGGUCAGACAUUACCUAAGCCAGUGCAGCUCCUAGUUUCUCACAUCACUAUUAUAUAAAAUGAGAAACUAGUAGCAGCGCUUGCUUAGGUUGUAGUGCAGAGUCUACAGUGAUGUUCAGCCAAUCAUAUCGGUGGCAUUAGCUGCAAGCACUGGCCCCUGAGCUGACCCGGUACCUACAGCGCCAUUGUUGGAAUCAGCUGCUGUUUUGUGUUGAUGUAAAUGAACAUGUAUUUUGGGAGCACAGAAAUAAAACUAAGGUCACUUUUUUUUUUCCCUUCCAACUCCACCCUGUGGUUCUCAUGUGUAAUUUCCCAAAGAUUAAUAAAGAAGUUCUGUGACUUGGC